AACGAGGCUGGCUCAUAUGACGGGCAACAGCAGUGUCGGUUUUGAAUCCAUCUUUGCCACAGGAUGGACACUGGAGAGACAUGAGUUACAGAAGAAAGGUAUGUAGACGGUAUACUAAUACUCGCAUUGACUCCAGCAAUUUCCGGAUUUGCUUUUUCUAUCAAGUACACCAUACUAAAGUACAUAGUAACAUAUGUCGACCUCGCCUGUCAGUCUCAAUAUCCACCACAACAUUCCGUCUACCUCAAAUAAGGCACUCCAUUGGUGUUCUCCAUGCUACACUCAGCAGCAUCCACCGGACACUUGCCGAACUGGAAAUUCUGGCACUGCCGGUGUCUCUGACUUGUAUAAUAUCGCUGACGCUAUUGAUUCCAUGAUCAUCGAUGAUACAGAGGAUCUCAAAGCAAACCUUGUCAUGGAACUUGCCAGGGCUAGACGAGAGAAGCUCCUCGCUGAAAAGUCGCUUGCUGACUGCGUGGUCCGCGAGCUCGAACUCAUGGCGAGUUUAUCAAAGUUCAAGUCAAGUCUUUUCGAGCAGAAACUCAACCGGGCGGAUGUAGGAUUAGGAUACAUGCGGAUCGCUUUUAAAACGCAUGGUCUUUCUCACCGCGCGCACCAUCUCUACAGUAAGCCUGGGAAUACAUUGAGAUCCACGGUGUUAUACUAACAAGCCACAGGUUCUCUCGUCGAGUUAGGGGAUAGUCAUGGCAUCACUAUUCAGCUAGAUUGAUGUGAGAUACUAUGUUGAUUUGAUUGUCGCAGAAUUUCUGUAGUACCUUGUCAAAAUUUAGCAAUAGUGUUUUGUACCGCGUAUUAAAUUUAAGUGUUUCAC